CAAUAAUUCCGUAUUACAUGCUGCCUGAUAAUCUUGUCAGAUAGAAAAACUCUGGUUUGACAUACUGGCUCAACUAUUAGUUUGCCAAGCCUUUUUGUGACUCUUUGCCAAAAUGGGGUUUUCAUGAAAUACGAUCGCUCUGACUCCCACAUCGACUAUGACUUGCGGCUCACCAACAACACGAGUUAAACACACACAACCAUGACUUUGAGACUCUGCAAGUAAACAGCAACCAAAAAGCAUAAAUAUUGCCAACUAUGAGGCUCUCCGAACUUCCAUCGGAGAUUAUCUGCAAUAUUGCAUUAUAUAUCCCAACUGUGAACGGGAUAACACGCCUCGCACAAACAUGCCGUCGAAUAUAUAGAAUCAUUACCGCAGAGGAGUCAUGGCUAUUCCGAGCAUUUGUCCAAACCAGAUUCCCAGCAAUCCAAACACCGCCAUUUUGGAAAGAUGCAGCAUGUGCUCUGACAUCGCGCUCACGAGCUGUGGAUCGACUGGGUGUGAUUGGGAGAUUUGUGAUCCAGCCUGAGACCAUCACUCGUAUUGGAAUUCAGGAGGAAACCCGACAGGAUAAUCCCACUAUGGGCUAUCGCCCUCCCAUUGACUCCUACGAGACCUGGAAUGGACAGUCUUGGGCAGACAGGAAAGAAGUCCUUGCAUGGGGUGCUGGUGAAAAACUCUUGAUACGCACCAGACAGUCCGGAGAACAGCACCGAGAUGAUUGGAUCUUAUUCAACGACGUUGACCAGCCUAGCAGCCAUGAUGACAUUCUGGGUUUGCACCUCCUACAACCAGAUCAUGGCAAAGAGAAUGACGUUGAGAAUGUGAUCUUUGGACGGAGACAAGGCGAUAUUCGCCACAUCACACUCACCAGCAGUGAUGCUAGCCAUGAGUGCAAAAAGACAUUCCGAACCGAAGGGUUGGAACUCAACGAGACAGAUCUGAUGCAUGGUUCUAAUCCUAUACUGUGUGCUCAAUUUCUCCAAGGCUCGACUGCGCUAUAUCAUUGUGGUACUGAAGCCGAAAAUGUCGAACCGUUCGCGUGGAUUCGCCCCGAACGAUCAUCUCGCGGCCGGAAGGCCAAGCUGCUGUCAUCAUCGCGGAUUGCCGUGGCUACUAUGGACGAAAAAGAUUCCAUAAUAAUUUCAAGAAUCUCGCCAGACGGUAUCUUUACGGAAGAGACAAUCGGUAUUUCUUCCCUGGAUGUAGAGGAUAGAUUGGGCCAUUACGCUUGCCAGGCCAUUAGUGCCAUCGAGCCUCUCAACAAUCAUCCUUUGGCUGGAUCACCUGGCGAUGUUUUUCUUGCUGCAUGGGGUGACCGCACUGUUCGCCUCCACGAUCUCAGAUCUCCACGGUCCUACGAAACCACAUACGAAGAUCCAACAGACGACAACUUCAUAUACAGCGUGCGCGCGUUUGGACAUGACCGAUUUCUGGUUGGAUCUGGUGGUAAUGCGCUGAUAAAGUUGUUUGAUCUCCGCUGCAGCAGCUACAAUUACCUCGAAGCCCAGGGUGCUCGGCCCACAGCCCCAAGCAACGUACCGAUUGCUCAUAACCAUGGCCAGUAUCCAGGCAAGGAUUUCAACAUUUUCCUUUCCGCUCAACCGCCUGCCAUUUUCAAUCGACAUAACAAUUCCCGUCGACGCAGAACGGCCGCGUAUCCCUACCGAGGCCCGAUAUACAGCAUGUCUAUGCCCUCGCCGUCCUCACCAACCGUCUACACUGGGGUAGCAGGCGGACUGAUCCGGCUUGACUUUGCUUCAACGGAUGAUUUAACUGGGCCAGCGAAGGAGUGGUACGAUUGCAAUCUCAAUCUUGGAUUUGAUGCAGAGAUGAAGCCGGCAGACGGGUCGAGCUUUUUCACGGUGGCAGGAUAUGAGAGACCGGAUGCGCGUGACUUGACCACGACCUCAAAGCUGAGAAAGCAGCAUGACUCCUGGAAUUUCGAGCGCAACGAGGCUCGAAAGGGUGUGGUGACUGGAUGGGAUCAUCGGUGGGAGGCUCUGGAGAAACCUGGGGCUUGGCGGCGACAGGAUGGCUAGAGUCUAGAAUUGCAUAUACUGCGUCUUUGCAUAGAGUUUUUCUUAUAGAAAUACGUAGACAUAAAAGGAGCAAUUGGCUUGAGGAAUUUUGAACUUUUAGUGGUAUUCUAGUAGGCGCAAGCAAAUAUGUGAGUAGCAAAUCGCAGGAUAAGAAAAAUUCUUCCGAAGCUCCGUAAGCGCCAUGCUGGGUAAAAAGGAUCGCUCGUCCAAGAGGGACGAGGUAAGUGGACAUCGACGUGAUAUGAUCAUCGAAAGUUACACCCCCCACGUAACAGUGAGCCCGUUAGCGUGUCGAACCCACCUCUCAGACAAAACCCAGAAAAGAAGUAUGAAAAACCAUCGAAGACAGGGCAGCCCCCCGCCAUUGAAAGUGUGUAGUGGACAGCAAUUGGAGUCACGAAGAGGAAACAUUGUUUAAUCAUCGAACUUGAAGGACUUGCCGCCCGCGAUGUCGAUGGGGCCACCACGGUAGGAGCCGCGCUUCUUCUUAUUCUUCUCCUUGGUGAAUCCCUUGCCGCGAGUUACCGAGAGAUCGGCGUAGGCGCGUUCAGCGUAGGCGUAAGGAACGUAUUCGUUGGAGAUGGCGUCAUAGGGCUCCUGGCUCAGAGCAGCCAGAGGGGUAGGGCGGGCGCCAACGUGCUUCUUCUUGGCCGCUCCAUUUCCAGGUGCAGGGCUGGCGCUGGAGGAAGAGGUUUGUGAAGGCUUGCUCUCAGCAGCUGGAGAGGCAGACACCGUUGCGCUGGUAUCGGAAGAGGAGUUGCUGGAGACGGGGACGCCACCAGUGUUCUCCUCAUCGGAGCUAUCAGAGCUGUCAUCUGAAGACGAGCUGGAGCUGCUGGAGCUGGAAGAAUCUGGAAGCGGGGUCUUUGUAGCCUUCUUCAGAACCUUGGCGUCAGCCUUCUUGGUGGCUUCGGCCUCGGAAUCAGAGUCAGAGGAGUCAGAGGAGUCGGAAUCGGAAUCAGAGCUCGAGCUAGAGGAGCUGCUAGAGCUAGAGUCCGAGUCGGAAGAAGAGUCAGAGCUAGAGCCAGACGAAGACUCGGCCUUGGAGACCUUAGCCUUCUUCGUCUUAGGAGCCUCAUCCUCAGAGUCGGAAUCCGAGCUGGAAUCGGAGGAGGAGCUGCUAGACUCAGCCUUGCGCUUCACACCAGUGGGCUUCUUAGCAGCACGGGCAGGAGUGGGAGCCGAAGAAUCUUCCUCUUCGUCAUCAGCGUCGCUGUCGGAGCUCGAUGAGGCGGAAGAGGAAGGAGAUGAAGAGCGGGACUUGGGAGCAUCUCCCAUGCUCACGUCGGAGUCGCUAGCAUCGCUGUCACUAUCACUGCUGGAGUCGGAGUCGCUGUCACUCUCGGAGCUGCUGCUUGAGCCGCCAGAAGUCUUGUCCCAAGUCUGGAAAAGUUCGACCAGGGAGGGGGCGUUUUUAACAUCGGCCUUGGUGUUGCCAUUCUUCUUUAGCUCCUCAGCGAAGGCAGUGCUGGUAGCCGAGAAGCCAUUACCGGAGAGGAAAGAUGCGACGGCGCCGAGCAACUGGGGAGGGAGAGUGGUGGUUUUCUUCUCGACCUGUCCAUAGAAAGUCAAGUUAGAUCAACGUCCGCAG